UAAGUGUGGAUGUUGGGGGUGGAUGGGGGAAGGGUCCCCUCUGAAGAGAAGACUCUGGAAACCAAAGGGAUUAAGUCCUUGUGGCCUCCAACCCCUUGACCCAUUCUAUCCUGAAGGAGGUACUGAAGGUCCCCUCCUAGAGCAGUCCUAGAACUGAGUCAUCUUCCCUUAGUAAAAUCUAGAAGGCUAGGGGCUUGAGACCCUCCAUAUUUUUUACCACCUUUCUUAAUAGCUCUCCAUUUUCCCUGCGCAGUCAAGAUGGGCCAAGACGUGCAGGGUUUCCCAUUUUGUGUCCCAAAGUGGGGAUUGAAUUAUUAUUUAUGGUCACGGCUGUCAUUUUUGCUAGACCAUACUCCCUGGAAUUGUGCCAUGGUCUUCUGAAUACUUCUGAGUCUAGCAUGGCACCUGGCACAUAGCUUGUGCUCAUCGCCCACCAGAAUCCAGCUCUGGGGCUCAGGAUGUAGGGAGAUGACCCAGACCCGUUGGUCUGUCUGUCCCAAGUAGAGCAGCUCUGACAUGGUGCCCUCCGGCAAGACGCCAGGAAGCCCUCUCCACCCACAGCUGGUGUCAUUGCUGGUCCCAGGGACCCCUCCCUCUCUGGCACUGGGACCGCACAGAGCCUGCUUGCUGGAGGGAGUGCCCUCUCCUUUGACUUUAAACCAUUGUGUGGCUCUGCCCUGGCCCCAUUUCCUCCCCCACUGACCUCUAGUCAUCUGUUGGCCGCUGUGUGGACUGAGUUUGGUGCCUGGUGCCGCUUAGACCCCGGCACUGAUCUGCUCGCCAGAAGCACGCCCUCUUCCUUCACCAGCUGACUGCCUGGUGCUCUCUGGGGUCCCCGUCCCCAGUUCCCUCGCAUCUUCCUGGGAGUUCCAACAGUUCUAGUCUGUGGUGUCAGACCUGGCUGCACAUCUGAAUUGCCUGAGGGGCUUUGAAACGUUCAAAGUCCAGGGACCCACUCCACUAAAUCGGACCCUCCAAGAGAGAGGCCAGGAAUUAUAUGUUUGAAAAACUUCCCAGAUGACAGUGGCAAACAUUUGAACAUGACUGUGUCAACGUUAAAUUUUGUGGGUGUGUUGAAGGCAUUGUGUUUGCACAGGAGAAUGUCCUAGUUCUGUAGAGAUUCAGGCUGAAGUAUUUAGAGGUGAUGUGUUUGCAUCUUUUUAAUGGUUAAGCAGAGAAAGACAGAGCAUGCUCAGAUGUGGGGAAAUAUUAACAAUUAGCACAUGCAGGUGGUGCAUGCAGUGACCUUUCAGCCAGUUUCCAUCUACCCUCUAAGAGGUGGAUGCUAGAAGAGAACAUAGGGCCACCAAGGUGCACAAUUCCAGGGGGCGCCAUACACGUGGUUCUCUUUGUUGUGCUAGAGGAUGUCAUUCAUGGAGUGAAGUGUGUGGGUGCUCCAUGGAGUUGUGCGAUGCCGCGUUCCUGGCCCCAGCCUUCCUGCAUAGGGUAUGGAAUAACCAAGACCCAGGCCCUCAAGCACCGAGCUCUUUCCUGGGACCCACCUGGAUAUUUGCUUUUUUUUUUACAGAAUCUCUAGUAGCCCUUGCAGAGUAAGGAAACAGAGCAGUUUCUAACUUGUCAACCCAGCAGAGACUGGCAGGGAGGGAACUGAAUUGGGGAAGAGAAUGGGGGAGGCAAGAAACAUGAGACUCUGAUUCCUAAAAUACUUUGUGUCUCCCCACCCCUUCUGGAAGAUGAAAUUCAGCGCUUGAGUUCUUAGGGGAAGCCAGCGCCCUUCAGCUGCAGGUGGUUGGGACUGGUAGCUCCCGCCUUCCUCUUAGCCUCUCUGGAUUGGCCCUGUGCCUGGCUGCUGCUCUGAACCUUCACUCCACCUUAGGGGGUGGCUCUCUGGUCCUGGUCCUGGUCCUGCAGGGGAUAUUGUCUGUCCUACCUCCUCAGCACGCAUCGUGCAGCAUAAUUGAGCAGAACACUGAACCUUCUGGGAGGCGCAGCUGCCAGCACGGCCCGGGCUCACGAUCUGUCAGCUGGCCGCGCCUCCUCUGAGUGCCUGACAGGCAGUGGGGUGGCACCCUGGCCGGGAGCUGGGGGACAGUGGUUAGAGAGGGGUGGCUCAGCUUUCCUCCUGUGAAUUCCAGGCUGGGAAGGGCCUCAGGAGCUGGGCCUUCCUUCUCUUUCCUCCCAGGGAUAACUGUGGCAUUCUGUGUCAUUCUCUGCGAAUUUUGACUAAAGGGAAUCAGUAAGUCAGAACCGAGGAAUCCCAGGGCUGGAAGGCACUUUGUGUGGUGGUCUUUUUGUUUUUUUAAUGGAGGUACCAGAGAUUGAACACAGGACCUCGUGCAUGUUAAGCAUAUGCUCAAUCACUGAGCUACACCCCUCCCCACCAUUUGGUGGUCUUGUCUAUCUGCCCACCUGCCUUUACAGGUGCUAAACCUAGCCCAGUCCUACCUUUGCAGGAUCCCCAGGGAAGGACACCACCUGCAUCCAGGCGACCCACCUCCACGCCUGAAAAUUCUCACCAUCAGAAAGCUCUGCCCUCAUAUCCCGGUUCAAGUUCAGUGGAAAAGAGGUGCCCAGACACCAUGCCACAACCCUGCAGACCUGACAUUGCCAGGAAGUAGAAGACUUCCUUGUCUCCCGUGUCCCCCAUCCUCACCAUGUCUUCGACUCAGGGCAAUGGGGAGCACUGGAAGUCACUGGAGUUGGUGGGCAUCAGCCGCAAGGAGCUGGCCAUGGCCGAGGCCCUGCAGAUGGAGUAUGACGCUCUGUCCCGGCUUCGGCAUGACAAGGAGGAAAGCAGAGCCAAGCAGAACACAGACCCCUCUCUCAUCAGCUGGGACGAGCCCGUCCUAGACUUCUACAGCAAGCCAGCGGGAAGGCGGAAGGACCUCACGCUCUUGCGCGGUCUUUCUGGCUCUGAUCCUACCCUCAAUUACAACUCACUCUCCCCACAGGAAGGGCUGCCCAACCACUCUACCUCCCAGGGCUCGCAGCCUGGCCCAGAUCCCUGGCCCAAAGGCACCCUGGCUGGAGACUAUCUCUACAUUUUUGAUGGUUCGGAUGAGGGGCUCUCUUUGUCCUCAGGACCCGGGGACACAGAUGAUUCUUCCAAGAAACUGUCCCCACCUCCUCUGCCUCCUCGAGUCUCUAUCUGGAACAUUCCUCCCCUGCCUCCCAGAAAGGGGUCUCCCUCACCCUCCAAGAUCUCCCAGCCCAAUGACAUCAACACUUUUUCUUUGGCCGAACAACCUCCAGGCAAAUUGCUAGGGCAAGAGAUCCUAGAAGAGGAGGAGGAGCCGAGAGGUAGGGGUCCGGGGCGCCUCCUGGACUCUGUGGACUACGACGGUAUCAAUGAUGCCAUUACACGGCUCAACUUGAAGUCAACCUAUGAUGCAGAGAUGUUGCGGGACGCCACCAGGGGCUGGAAGGAGGGCCGGGCACCCCUGGACUUCAGCAAGGACACCCCUGGAAAACCCGUGGCCCGGAGCAAGACCAUGCCCCCCCAGGUGCCUCCCCGCACCUACACCUCCCGCUAUGCCAACCGAAAAAACUCAACACAUGGCAAGAAUCGCCGGAUUUCUGCCGCUCAGGUGGGCUCCCGGCCCCACGCCGUCACCAAUGGCCAUGAGCUGUUUGAGGUCUCAGAGGAGAGAGAUGAGGAAGUUGCUGCAUUUUGCCACAUGCUGGAUAUCCUUCGAUCUGGCUCUGACAUCCAAGACUACUCCCUCACAGGCUAUGUCUGGAGUGCUGUCACCCCGAGCCCGGAGCACCUAGGGGAUGAGGUUAACCUGAAGGUGACUGUGUUGUGUGACAGCCUGCGGGAGCCACUUACUUUUACCUGCAACUGUUCCUCCACUGUAGACUUGCUCAUCUACCAGACCUUGUGCUACACCCAUGAUGAACUGAGGGAUGUAGAUGUGGGUGACUUUGUGCUGAAGCCCUGUGGGCUAGAAGAGUUCCUGCAGAACAAGCACGCCCUGGGCAGCCAUGAGUAUAUUCAGUACUGUCGGAAGUUUGACAUCGACAUUCGGCUACAGCUGAUGGAGCAGAAAGCUGUCCGCAGUGACCUGGCCCGAACGGUGAAUGAUGAUCAGAGCCCCUCCACCUUGAACUACCUCGUCCAUCUGCAGGAGAGGCCAGUCAAACAGACCAUCAGCAGGCAGGCCCUGAGUCUUCUGUUCGACACUUACCACAAUGAGGUGGAUGCCUUCCUGUUGGCUGAUGCGGACUUCCCGCUGAAGGCUGACAGGGUGGUCCAGUCCGUCAAGGCCAUCUGCAACGCCCUGGCUGCUGUGGAAACUCCCGAGAUCACCAGCGCUCUCAACCAGCUGCCCCCCUGCUCUUCCCGAAUGCAGCCUAAAAUCCAGAAGGAUCUCACCGUCUUGGCUGUGAGGGAAAACCGAGAGAAGGUCGUGGAAGCCCUGACAGCUGCCAUCUUGGACCUGGUGGAACUGUACUGCAACACGUUCAAUGCAGACUUCCAGACAUCAGUGCCCGGGAGCCGCAAGCAUGAUCUGGUCCAAGAGGCUUGCCAUUUCUCUGGGCCUCUGGCCUUUACGGUCUAUGCCACCCACCGCAUCCCCAUCACAUGGGCUACCAGCUAUGAAGAUUUCUACCUCUCCUGCUCCCUCAGCCAUGGCGGCAAGGAGCUGUGCAGCCCCCUGCAGACCCGAAGGGCUCACUUCUCCAAAUACCUCUUUCAUCUCAUCAUCUGGGACCAGCAGAUCUGCUUCCCCGUGCAGGUGAACCGACUGCCUCGGGAGACGCUGCUGUGUGUCACUCUCCAUGCUGUCCCCAUCCCCCCACCCGGGAGCUCCUCGGAGGCCAAUAAGCAGCGGCGGGUGCCCGAAGCCCUGGGCUGGGUCACUACCCCGCUCUUCAACUUCAGGCAAGUCCUGACCUGUGGCCGGAAGCUUCUGGGCUUAUGGCCAGCAACCCAGGAAAACCCUAGUGCCCGCUGGAGCGCUCCUAACUUCCAUCAGCCGGAUAGUGUCAUCUUGCAGAUCGACUUCCCCACCUCGGCCUUCGACAUCAAGUUCACCAGCCCCGCUGGAGACAAGUUCAGCCCCCGCUAUGAGUUUGGCAGCCUUCGGGAGGAAGACCAACACGUGCUUAAAAACAUCAUGCAGAAGGAGUCCCUGUACUGGCUCACUGAUGCCGACAGAAAGCGCCUGUGGGAGAAGCGAUACUAUUGCCACUCAGAGGUGAGCUCACUCCCCCUGGUGCUCGCCAGCGCCCCCAGCUGGGAGUGGGCUUGCCUGCCGGACAUCUAUGCUCUCCUGAAGCAGUGGACCCCCAUGAACCACCAGGAUGCCCUGGGGCUCCUGCAUGCCACCUUCCCGGACCAGGAGGUGCGUCGAAUGGCUGUCCAGUGGAUCGGCUCCCUCUCCGACGCUGAGCUGCUCGACUACUUGCCCCAGCUGGUACAGGCCUUAAAGUACGAGUGCUACCUGGACAGCCCCUUGGUGCGCUUCCUCCUGAAACGAGCUGUCUCCGACUUGAGAGUGACUCACUACUUCUUCUGGUUGCUGAAAGAUGGCCUCAAGGAUUCUCAGUUCAGCAUCCGCUACCAGUACCUGCUGGCUGCCUUGUUGUGCUGCUGUGGCAAGGGCCUGAGAGAGGAGUUUAACCGCCAGUGCUGGCUUGUCAAUACCCUGGCCAGGCUGGCCCAGCAGGUCCGGGAGGCUGCCCCGUCUGCACGGCAGGGCAUCCUCCGCACGGGCCUGGAGGAGGUGGGGCAGUUCUUUGCCCUCAAUGGUUCCUGCCGCCUGCCGCUCAGCCCCAGUCUGCUGGUUAAGGGCAUCGUGUCCAGGGACUGCUCCUACUUCAACUCCAACGCAGUCCCCCUCAAGCUCUCCUUCCAGAACGUGGAUCCGCUGGGCGAGAACAUCCGUGUCAUCUUCAAGUGUGGGGAUGACCUUCGCCAGGACAUGCUAACCCUGCAGAUGAUUCGCAUCAUGAGCAAGAUCUGGGUCCAGGAGGGGCUGGACAUGCGCAUGGUCAUUUUCCGCUGCUUCUCCACUGGCCGGGGGAGAGGGAUGGUGGAGAUGAUCCCCAACUCCGAGACCUUGCGCAAGAUCCAGGUGGAGCAUGGGGUGACCGGCUCCUUCAAGGACCGGCCUCUCGCCGACUGGCUGCAGAAACACAACCCUGGGGAGGACGAGUACGAGAAGGCUGUAGAGAACUUCAUCUAUUCCUGUGCUGGCUGCUGCGUGGCCACGUAUGUCUUGGGCAUCUGUGACCGACACAAUGACAACAUCAUGCUGAAGACGACUGGCCACAUGUUCCACAUCGAUUUCGGCCGCUUCCUGGGCCACGCCCAGAUGUUCGGCAACAUCAAGCGGGACCGUGCCCCCUUUGUCUUCACCUCGGACAUGGCGUAUGUCAUCAACGGGGGCGACAAGCCUUCCAGCCGCUUCCAUGAUUUUGUUGACCUUUGCUGCCAAGCCUACAACCUCAUUCGCAAGCACACCCACCUCUUCCUCAACCUUCUGGGCCUGAUGUUGUCCUGUGGGAUCCCUGAGCUCUCAGACCUGGAUGACCUCAAGUACGUGUAUGAUGCCCUGAGGCCUCAGGACACAGAGGCCAAUGCCACUACCUACUUCACCAGGUUGAUUGAAUCCAGCCUGGGCAGUGUAGCCACAAAGCUCAAUUUUUUCAUUCAUAACCUGGCUCAGAUGAAGUUCACAGGCUCAGAUGACAGGCUAACCCUUUCCUUUGCUCCGCGAACAUACACUCUCAAGAGCUCUGGCCGCAUCAGUGAUGUGUUUCUCUGCCGCCACGAGAAGAUCUUCCACCCCAACAAGGGCUACAUUUAUGUGGUAAAGGUGAUGCGAGAGAAUGCUCAUGAGGCCACUUACAUCCAGCGGACGUUUGAGGAGUUCCAGGAAUUACACAAUAAGCUGCGGCUUCUCUUCCCUUCUUCCCUCUUGCCCAGCUUCCCUAGUCGCUUCGUGAUCGGCCGCCCGCGGGGAGAGGCGGUGGCGGAGCGGCGGAGGGAGGAGUUGAACGGCUACAUCUGGCACCUGAUCCACGCAGCCCCCGAGGUGGCCGAGUGUGAGUUGGUGUACACCUUUUUCCACCCUCUACCCCGGGAUGAGAAGGCUGCGGGCACCAGCCCAGCCCCCACGCCCUCAGAUGGCUCAUGGGCCCGGCCGGUUGGGAAGGUUGGGGGAGAGGUGAAGCUGUCCAUCUCCUACAAAAACAAUAAACUCUUCAUCAUGGUGAUGCAUAUUCGGGGCUUGCAACUGCUCCAGGAUGGGAAUGACCCUGACCCCUAUGUCAAGAUUUACCUCCUUCCUGACCCUCAGAAAACCACUAAGAAGAAAACCAAAGUGGCCCGGAAAACCUGCAACCCCACCUACAAUGAGAUGCUGGUGUAUGAUGGGAUCCCCAAGGGAGACCUGCAGCAGCGGGAGCUACAGCUGAGUGUGCUGAGUGAGCAAGGAUUCUGGGAGAAUGUUCUCCUGGGGGAGGUGCACAUCCGCCUGCGAGAGCUGGACCUGGCCCAGGAGAAGACCGGCUGGUUUGCACUGGGAUCUCGAAGUCACGAGACCUUAUGAGCCCGGUGGAGCCCUGGCCCAGGACCCCGGGCUUGUGGUAGAGCUGGGAGAGAGGACUCUCCCUGCUUUCCUUUGGAAGGGCAGGGCCCUUCAUGGGGCCUCCCUGCUGUCCCGGCGGAUCGGGCCUCCCGUGGUAGGAGGCAGGGGGAGUCAGAUGCUCUGCUCGCCCCUCCUCUGCAGACUGAGUUUGGGUUGGUUGUGAUGAGCAGCCCCUUGGAGGCUGUGAGGUUGCAGCAAAGUUUUAAGUUUACCUUGUGUCAAGGGAGCAAUGCCUGGUUUGGGGUGUGUGGGGUGGGCUAUAUGAAGUAGCAUUUGGGGGACAGGGUGGGUGGGU